AUGGGAUCAUUCAACCACUCACAAUCAGUCGCAUCGACACCGACACCGACGCCACCUACACGAGGGUCGCAACAGUCCAGCAUGUCGUAUAGUUUCCCGAACGGGGUUUCGCACCCUUCGAUGUCAAAUAGCUUCAACGGUUAUGAGCGAACGAAUGGCUAUGGAGGAAUGGCCCUGCAGCAAGAAGAAUAUAAACCUCAAAUAUACCGGGCCGUCUAUUCGAAUGUUUCUGUUUAUGAAAUGGAAGUUAACGGUAUCGCCGUCAUGAAACGCCGAUCGGAUUCUUGGUUAAACGCAACUCAAAUCUUGAAAGUGGCCGGUGUAGUCAAGGCUAAAAGGACAAAAACUUUGGAAAAGGAAAUUGCCGCUGGUGAGCAUGAGAAGGUCCAAGGCGGUUAUGGCAAGUACCAAGGCACAUGGGUUAGCUAUCAACGAGGGGUCGAGCUUUGCCGGGAAUAUCAGGUUGAAGAAGCACUAAGACCCCUGCUCGAGUACGAUAUGGACGAUGGCAACUCCCGACGUGCGUCACUUGAGACCCCAACAAAGGAACAAGCAAUGGCAGCUCAGCGGAAACGUUUAUACAAUGCUGAGAACCGGGGAAUUAGCCAGCCUGCCCAGGCUACUUUCUUUCAAAACAUGUCUCGUACCGCGGCAAAUGCCGUCAAUGCUAUCAGCAAAGCUCGAUUUGAAUCCCCGAACAAAAGAAGGCCAAGCCUAAUGCGCAACUCAUCACAACAGAUGAGCAGUCAAGAGUCCUUGAAUGCUCCUGGCGGUACACAGAAUAGCAUGUACAGUGUUCAUUCUGACAGUGGUUUCGCAAGUCAAAACGCUCACGGUGGAAGAAACGAUCCCACACUUGACCAUGAAAUCAUACUGGAACCUCCACGCAAACGAGUGAGAAGUUCGUCAAAUCAAGGACGCUCAUUUGGAGGAAAUAGUACGAUGUCUGUAUACGAGCCCACUCCUACAGAGCCAAAUGAUUCGUUUUACCAGCAGGCAGAUGAUUCCAUGGCAGUUGACGACAUGAAUGGGACAGAUCCGCUUCCUCCACCCGCGCAUCCAGAUUGCUUCCAAAAAAUGAAACUUAUCAUGACCCUAUUCCUUGACAAGCGCAUGAAAGAUUUCUCAAGGCACCCUGCCCUGGUACAGCUAUCAGGCGAGGAUCUUGAGAUACCCUUGGACGAAUAUCAAAACAGCGCUCUGCACUGGGCGGCAAUGCUAGCCCGUCUUCCGCUACUACAUGCGCUUGUUGAAAAGGGUGUGAAUAUUUAUCGAUUGAAUGCCGCUGGUGAAACCGCGUUGCAAAAAGCGGUCGGGACGCGAAACAACCUUGAUUACCGAACCUUUCCUCGGUUACUUGAGAUACUGGGACCUACUAUUGACAUGGUCGAUCAUAGUGGUAGGUCAAUUCUACAUCACAUUGCGAUCAUGGCUGCAACCGGCGGUGGUGGACAUGUCUCCGCGAAGCAUUAUCUCGAAUCGCUAUUAGAAUUCGUGGUUCGACAUGGCGCCAGAAGCCAAGAAAACGACAAAGCUGCGACGAAUGGUGAGAACGAGCAGUCGCAGGGCGAGAUUAUCAGUCUCGGCAGAUUUGUCUCUGAGUUGGUCAAUCUGCGAGAUGACCAAGGCGAUACGGCUUUGAACAUCGCUGGUCGUGCGCGAUCAGUACUUGUGCCACAAUUACUAGAGGUUGGAGCUGAUCCUCAAAUCCCUAAUCAUACUGGCCUCCGCCCUGCAGAUUACGGUGUGGGUGUUGACAUGGUCAAUGAAAGCUCUCAAGCGCAACCAGGCGAUGAGAAAAAAGACACUUUCAUUGACCAGUUGGCUAAAACGAAGAAAGAGAUUCUCGAUGCUACUCUUGCGCAAAUUGGGUCCUUGGUUGAAGAAACAUUGGGUGGCAUUGACCGCGACUUGACUUCAGACUUGAGCAAAAAGCAAGCUGAAUUUGAUCACUGGCAUGCAAAGAUACGCGAGAGCGCACGUGCCCGACAGAUCGAUCAAAAUGAGCUUGACAGCCUCAAGCGCAAAGCAUCUGAUCGGUCAAAUGUGAGUCGACGGAUAAAGAAUCUCGAGAAUGAUGCCGAGGAUUUGGUGAAUUCUCUGAAGAGUUACUAUGGCGACGACUUUGACGUCUCUAGUACAUAUCCCGUGGGCUAUGCAGAUACUGAUUCAGGUGUUGAUGUGAACGAGUUCAGCAGAUUGUUCUCGGACUUUGACCCGAGUGGCGAGCUGUCGGCCGACCAGAAGGAGUUCUUGGCGGCAUUACCAUCUGCAGCUACUCUAGAAAGCCGUCUUGAGGCAUACCAAGGUCUCAAUAAAAAAAUAAAUGACGAGAUCAGUCUUCUCAAGUCCAGGAAUGUAGUCCUCGGCGAAAAUUAUCGUCGUGUGGUUAUGGCCUGUACUGGCUUUACCGCCGAGCAGGUUGAUGAGGCUGCCGAAGGAUUGACGAAGCAUAUCAAGGAUUUGAACGACAAUCCGGUGUCAGAAGACGAGGCGAUCGAGAUUCUGAUGAAAGAUCGAGGUCAAGACUGGUAG